AGAAACUCCUCCACUCCACAGUCCACAGUGCAGUUAACCCCAGGAUUAGGUAGCCAACUUCAAUUCUUCAAAGAAGAAAGGGGAAGGGAUCAGAGAUGGUAUCUGAACUCGCCGCCGUUCAUGUCCUCUUGGUGUCCUUCCCGGGCCAAGGCCACGUCAAUCCCCUUCUUAGGUUGGCCAAGCUCUUAGCUUCGAAGGGUCUAUCCGUUACUUUCAGCUCCACCGACCAGAUAGGCCAAAUGAUAAAAAACUCCGCCACCACAACUACCGGAAACCCCGACUUACCCAUCCCCAUAGGCGAGGGACAUCUCCGGUUUGAAUUCUUCUCCGACGGUUGGGUGGUGGACGAACCCAAGCGCUAUAACCUAGACCUCCUAAUGCACCAGCUCGAGACCUUUGCCAAGGAGUCCUUCACUCGUCUCCUACACAAACAAGCCGAGGAUGGUCGACCGGUUUCUUGCCUAGUUAGCAACCCUUUUGUGCCCUGGGCAUUGGACGUCGCCUCAGACAUGGGCAUCCCUUCUGCCGUGUUGUGGGUCCAGUCUUGUGCCGUCUUCUCUGCUUACUACCACUACUUCCACAACUUGACUUCCUUCCCCACCCCUGAUCAACCUGAUCUCCCUGUCGAUCUACCUGGUCUCCCUACUCUAUGCUCCGACGAAGUACCCAGCUUCUUGCACCCAUCCACCCCUUACGUGUCCUUAAGGAAUACGAUACUGGGUCAGUUCAAGAACCUCUCCAAGUCCUUCUGUGUACUGGUGGAUUCAUUUGAGGAGCUCGAACGUGAAGGCAUAGGAGGCAUAGAGGAGGCCAACUGUGAACUAAGACUCAGAACCGUGGGCCCUUUGAUCAAACACUUACGCAGUGGAGAUAACAACGGUAGCAUUAAAGCAAACAUGUGGAAGGCAGAAGAGAACUGUAUCGAGUGGUUGGACUCUCAAGAGCCAUCCUCGGUGGUCUACGUGUCCUUUGGCAGUGUCAUCACUUUGGAUCAGAGUCAGAAGGAAGAGAUAGCCUGGGGACUCGUGAAAACGGGGCUUCCCUUCUUGUGGGUGGUGAGACCCGCAGUGGAAGGGUGGUCCGGGGACAAUCAGAAGCUUCCGGAAGGGUUCAUGGAGGAAGCGAAAGGGAAAGGGAAGGUGGUGGGAUGGUGCCCACAAGAACAGGUAUUGGAACACCCAUCGGUGGCAUGCUUUGUUACCCAUUGCGGAUGGAACUCGUCACUGGAGAGCCUGAGCUCCGGUGUUCCGGUGGUGGCGAUGCCCAACUGGGGAGACCAGGUGACCAACGCCAAGUUCCUGGUGGAAGUGUACGGGGUUGGGGUUCGUUUAGGGCGUGGGGUGGCGGAGGGGAAAGUGGUAAUGAGACAGGAGGUGGCCAGUUGCAUCCUGGAGGUGGUACGUGGUCCCAGGGCCGAGGAGAUAAAGAAAAACUCCCUCAAGUGGAAAGCUUCGGCCAAGGAGGCGGUGGCGGAAGGUGGUUCCUCCGACCGUAACAUCCAAACCUUCGUAGAUGAUGUUCAACAGAUGACGUUUCAGAGGAGCCUGAAACCUAAGCCAUGCACCAAUCCUGUUCUCCUUCCAUGACCAUAGAAUUAUCAGCAACUUUCUUCAUUCAAAUGAAUGCUUCUUUCUCUUCUUUUUUUUUUUUUUUUUUGCUGCUAAACGAAUGCUCUUUAAUUAUUAUAGUUGUAUGAAUAUGAAUUGCAGGAACCUUCAUAAUUCGCCAUUAAUUUAUAGAAAUAAUUUACAAGUUAUUGUCA